AUGAUGUCCUCAUUUCAUACGCCUGCAAACCACAACGCAUAUUUAACAGAGCAGAUGCAUCAAGGCGCAUCAAAUUAUGGCUGGGCAAGUCGGCAGCCUUAUAAUCUUCAGCCCUCUGUUGCAGUGACCGGGCAGUCUCUGCCGCACCCACAACCUGUUCCUUCUCCCAGCUUUCCUAGCAGGUAUGAUAACAAUGCCUUUCAGAGCAGCCAUCUGCAGGGCUACUAUCCCCAGACUGGCUUCUCACAGCACUAUCCCUCUUCCCAGUCCCCUGGCAGAGUCUACCAGCCUAGAAGGGCGCCAGUAAUACCGUCUGUUCCCAGCAAUACUCUCCUAAGUAAUCCUCCGUCAUUUCCAGAACAACAAAUGUUGCAUUCGUCACCGUCAUACGUGCUUAAUCACUCAGAGUACUAUUUACCUGAAUCUUCUUUGCCCCAACCGAUCAGUCCUCACCGAGUAUCGGUGCCAGCAAGCUCUCAUGCUCCUUCUUUGCCGACUCCUGAGACCGUCUACUCUUCGCCCGAACCGGCUCCUACAUCAUCAGAACCCGAACGCCAGAUCCCGGUCACCAGCUCCCGACCGCGGCCCCAAUGCUGGGACCACGGGUGCAAUGGUCGUGAAUUCUCGACUUUCAGCAACUUACUGCGCCAUCAGCGAGAGAAGUCCGGUGUGAUUGCUAAAGCAGAAUGCCCCAUCUGCGGCGCUGUUUUCACUCGAACCACGGCUAGAAAUAUACACGUGGCUCAGGGGAAAUGUAAAUCUACCGGAAGGGAGGCCCCGGUAGGGUGA